GGAUUUUAGGGUUUUAGCUUUAUAAGGUCCUAAAUAUGGGCUUGGGCUGGUUUUAGUAAGUUUCCUCUUUUUUUUUUGCUUUUUUAUUUAUUUAUUUAUUUUUAAUUUUUUUGGGUUAGAUGGGCCAUUUUCGGGUUGGAAUUUUCAACCUUAACCUAACCCAUUUAAUUUUAGGUCGAGUUCGUGUUGACCCAUUUAAGUUUUCGGGUUGAAAAUCUCAAUCCUAACCCGAUAUUUUCAAGUCAGGUUCGGGUCGUGUUUUCGGAUCGGGUCAACUUUUGCCAGCCCUAAACAACAUUUGACAUUGGGUCAACAUUCAAAAUUCCAUGUUACCAGCUAUUUACCUUGGCACCCCUGGCUUAUGACGCAAAACGAUGAUUUAAACCCUAGAUAAACGUACAUCAUGGAGAUGAACCUGGGCCGGCUCUUAUACUUGCUCCAAUAAUGCCCACUAGUGAUAAUAAACGUAUAAGUGAUUAACUUACACUUCUUUCAUUUUUGUUCCACCUCAACAUUUCUUUCAUUCCCUAGGGUUUUACCCAGUUUUAAACCCCCCAAACUUUACAAAUUCAAUUCCCUCUUUCUGAUCAAACCUCACUAUCAUCCAUCAAUGGUGACCUCAAACUCAUUGACAUCAAUUUCAAGACAAGUAUGUCGAAAUCUCUUCUCAAAUCAAAAACCCUUUUACUACACUACCACUUCCCUCUUCUCCAAUGGACCUUCAACUCCAGAGUUCAACUCUGAUUCAACCCCAGAUGAUAGUGAGUUACCAACUCUUAACUCGGACUCUGAAUCAACCGAGUUUAGCCCUGAUAACUCGGCCCCUUCUUCCUCUGAGUUCGCUUCUGCUUCCCCCGACUCAGCUGGGCAGCGCCCGUUCAUUCAGACAGUCCUUGAGGGUGGCUUAGACAUCGGCAUUUACAAGGCUAUACUGGUGGGACAAGUUGGGCAGAGUCCAUUACAGAAGAGGCUAAAGAAUGGGAAGUUGGUGACACUUACUACUUUAGGAACCGGUGGGAUUAGAAAUGAGCGGAUUCCAUUCCCAAAUGAAGAACCAAGGGAGUAUGCUGAUCGUUGUAAUGUUCAAUGGCAUCGAGUUGCUAUCUAUCCGGAAAGGUUGGGUGAAGUUGUACUGAAGAAUGCUCAACCUGGUUCACUACUUUAUCUAGAGGGAAAUCUGGAGACCAAAAUCUAUACUGAUCAAGUUUCCGGUAUUGUUAAACGUGUAAGGGAAAUUGCGGUUCGACGAAAUGGCCGUAUUAUAUUUUUGGGAUUUGGCAGUGAUUUCCGUCAGCCAUCUGUACAAGAGCUAAGAGGCGUUGGGUAUUUCUGAGUUCCGAGGACUUCAUUGUCCAGGUCUCUCGGGCACAUUAUUGGAUUGUUUCCAAGUGGAGUUGGAAGGACCAGUGCUCAUAUCUUCAAGAUCUAUUAUGCUCGACAUCACUGCCAUUGCUUCAAUCUGAGUUAUGCCUUAUAUAUAUUUAAGUGGUUAUAGCAAGGACCAUUGCUUCAAUCUGCAAUCAUUUCAUGUGUUUACUUGGAAGGUUGAUAUUAGGAGUUUACUAAUCUAGCAGUUGCAGAUUAUGUAUAGCCUGUUAACACAUUUUGGCAACUAGCGUUUGAAAUUGAUGGCAAGUUAUCGAUUAUACUCCCUCUAUUUUUCAUUCUUGGAUAUAUCGCAUGAAACAUGAACAGACUGUUGAGAACUA